ACAUUCCCACUUUCUAAUACAUCGCAACCCUCACUCUCAACUUGCAACAAAUAUCACAACUACUACAACCAUGAAGUUAUUCUUCGCAAUUCUCGCUACAACGCUUGCUAUACUCCCAGGCUCGAAUGCUCAGACUCCUCUCCCCUACUGUCCAAGACAUCUGUGGCCAAUGCUAUGAAGCAGGACCUAAGGUCAUUAGCUUUGUUUGUCCUACAGAUACAAAGAAUAAGUUGGAAUGCUCUGUCACCUGUUUUGCGAAUAAUGUUCAAAGACAGGACAGGCUCUGCUGCAAGGUUGCGGCUUGCCCCUAAGCGCAUACAGAACCUACACUAUAGGUAGCGACGCUAAGCGUUGAAGGAGAGAGACCUUCACAUCAUGCUCUAGACCCUAGAGCGCUGUCCAGCAGUGAGACUACGGGAAUUGAGGAGAAGGACUGUAUGGGUUUGAUUAGGCGUUUGCAGCAUGUAUACAGCCGAUUUUCUGGUGAUUACCAUUAUAAGAUUGCCCUAUAAUGUCGUGUUACACGUGAAAGUACACUCAAAGUUAAUAGCUGUCUAGUCAAUAUCUUGAGUGAACAGAUGUUAAGUUGAGGCCCUG